ACAGCUCGUCGUGACCAUCCAUCAACCGCUUUCCACAUGACAAGGCGAACCGAUUGUGAACCCCGUGUGAGACGAUCCUGCGAACGCUGUCGUCAAAAGAAGAUUAAAUGCCCCGCAGAAAAGCCUGGGUGCUCCCAUUGCCAUCUUGCUAAUUCACCUUGCGUCUACCUCCCCCGGAACCAUGUGAGCCAUGGAGGCCGAAGAGCCCAAAACAAGACCUUAAGACCCCGAAAGGCUUAUGACAACAGCUCCCCAAGCCCAUCCAACAGCUCACAUCACCAAGAUGCAGAGCCAUUUACAGGCGCCCUGAGCACCCAGGGGCUUGCUCCUCGGCAAAGGCCAACCAGUUCACCGGCUUCUCAACAAAUGGCUUCAUUAACGGCGACAGGCCCAUCUACAUGGUCUCCGGGAAACCCCGAGCCUCCUCUAGAGUUACUCCACGACUUUGUCGCCGUCUACCGCGAGAAGCUCUACUUCCAGCCUCUCCCACUUUUCGAUCCACACCGUCUCCAGUCAAAGAUCUCUUCAUUCCCUCAUUAUCUGCGAUGGAGCUUCCUUGCUCUUGCUCUGCACUAUACCAGCCACAGCUUUUACUAUGGCCUGGAGUCAAAGGCCAUUGAGUAUUAUGCUACUUCAGCCAGGAGCAUCGUAGUGGACAUGGCUGCCGAUGGUGUCCCCAAGUUGGAAGUACUGCAGGCUCUCUGCCUGCUUUCAUUAUGUGAACAAAUAGCUGGAAAGUCAGCCCGUUCGUGGAUGACUAUUGGCAUCGCAUCAAGGCUUGAAGCCUUCCGACUUUCAAACUUGAGAGCAAACUCAGACUCACGACAUACCGACGAUGCUACCUCAAGAUGCCAUUGGAGCAUCGUGAUCCUGGAGAGCGCCUUUUCUCCUCAUAUGAACACUCUGGCCGAAGCAUCUCGCGCACCGAGUUACCCCAAGAGCGUUCCCGUUCCUCCGCCGUUACACCCAUUAAACAGCAUGAAGAGCUACUGCCCCGAUUUGACGGAUGCCUACGAGGGAAAUAUUCACGACGCCGGUAUUACUGCAUGCUGUCUGGGUUAUGUCUGUCUCUGGGGCAGCAUCAUCUCAUACCUACGAGAUAUCCGAGACGGGGCAAUGGAGUACCCCUGGUUAACCACAUCGAGACACAACCAGCUCACAGUCAAGCUCUACGAGCUCGAAAAUCACACUUCACACAGGCAUCUUAUAAGAAAUGCGCCCUUCCCGGACCAACCACCUUCCAGCCUCAACGAACAUCGAGAAUAUUGGGCACCAUGGGUCUUGAUGCAAAUCACGAUGCAUGCUUCUCAUGCCGCCCUCAAUCACCCAUUUGUUCAACUCGUCGCCCUUCGAAGAGCAGGACGCAAAUUCCAACCUCGCUCAUUCCUGCAAAAGACGGUUGACCAGGCACUGUUUCACUCGGAAUGGGUCUCCCGACUAGUGCAGAUGUGCGAAGAUCGCUCCUUUGAGGUUAAUGAUCCUCUGAUCGGACAAGCCGUCGCCGCAUGCGUCUCCAUACUCUGGAUUUUCCAGUUUGCACGAGACCGCAAGGUGUCUGAUAAGGCUAAAGAAAAUAUUGGCACGUGUGAGGCGUUUCUCUCUCGACUGUCACACAAUUGGCCUCAUAUAGCAAAAAAGGUCGAGAUCCUCCAAAGACUCAACUCUAAGGCCUCUCAAGCACCACAAGCAGUAGAAAACGAUGAGUCGAUAGGUUCCACGAUCUGCUUUGAGCCCGAGAUGAUAUGGGAGCUGCUCGACCCCACAAUGUCAGGAUCCAGUUUCACCACUUGCAACAGCACUUCAGAACGGCAAGGAUCAAGCCAUGGCUCGAGUGCCACUAUCCAGGUGGCGACAAAGUUCAUCCAUCCUAUCGAUGACAAGGAGGAGAACCCGCCGCCUGCUCCCAAUACGGUGCAUAAUUUCUUCGAUCUGGGGGAUGUUUAUGGGGAGCCCUUUCUGGACCAGUUCUUUUCUGACUCCUUGCUCGUUAAUAUCCAGUAG